AUGCAGAUUGACAGAUCUUGGAUUACAAAGACUCGAGGUACGAGGGAAUACAAUGAUGGGUAUAAUGCAUUUGUGGCAUUUGCAGUUCAUAACUGCAAAACACCUGAUGGUAAAAUCCGGUGCCCUUGUAAGGUCUAUCGGAAUAAUCGUCGCCACUCGCCCGAUAUCGUCCUUGAGCACUUGAUGGCGGGUAGAGGAAUCAUGGUCAGUUACAGAAAUUGGUUCUUGCACGGUGAGACGACUGUGUAUAAUCCUGAUGCAGCCUCUUCUUCGAACCUUCAUCCAACAGAUGUUGCAAGUGCCGACAGUACAGAACAAGGUGGGGACAUGCACACAAUGUUGCGUGAUGCAUUUGGCAUGCAUGAAGUCAGGGAGCCCAAUCGUGAGCUAGAGUGUGUUGAUCAGGUGGGUGUGGAAAAUGUUACAGAAGAAUCAGCUGAAAGUGGUGCUCAGAAGUACUAUGACAUGCUUAAACAGGCGGAUAAGCCACUUCAUGGGGGCACUAAACAUAGCAAAUUGAGUGCUACAUUCAUCAAUCAGUUGCUGCCUCCAUGUGAUGACGUUUUGCCAGCUAAUACGUACGAGGCAAAAAAGUAUCUCAGUGACAUGGGGCUCGGGUAUGAGAAGAUUCCUGCGUGCCGUAACGAUUGUAUGUUAUUCUGGAAGGCCAACCAGGAAUUAGAGUCAUGCACCGUUUGUGGAGAAUCUAGGUGGAAGGAUGAAAUUUAUUUGGACGAGGAUCGUCAACCCACAUCGUCGAGAAAGAAACGUCCGGUGAAAGUGUUGCGGUGGUUUCCACUCAUUCCACGCCUACAGAGGCUUUUUAUGUCAGAACAUACUGCACAAUAUAUGAGAUGGCAUGAGGAAGACCGUACAAAGGACGUCGUGUUGAGGCAUCCGGCCGAUGGCGAGGCAUGGAAGUCGUUCGACCUCCAAUAUCCAGAAUUUUCAGCCGAUAGUAGGAAUGUCAGGCUUGGUCUGACCUCAGACGGCUUUAAUCCGUUUGGGAACAUGAGCACCUCUCACAGUACUUGGCCAGUCAUGCUUGUUCCGUAUAAUUUGCCUCCUUGGAUGUGCAUGAAACAAACGUCAUUCAUACUAUCGCUAAUCAUUCCAGGACCAACUUCUCCUGGCAUGGAUAUAGAUGUGUACCUCCAGCCAUUGAUUGAGGAGCUACAGAAAUUAUGGAACGUAGGGGUGCGCACAUAUGAUGCCUCAAAUAAAAAGAAUUUUCAGAUGCGGGCGCAGUUAAUGUGGACGAUUAAUGAUUUUCCGGCGUAUGCAGAUUUGUCCGGGUGGCCCAACAGGAGUGAGAAGGCAUGCCCUGUCUGUAUGCAUUCAACAUGGUCUAAACGGUUAAAACACGGGAAAAAAUAUUAUUAUAUGGGACAUAGAAGAUUCUUGCCAAUGGAUCAUCUUUGGAGGCAGAACAAGAGAACAUUUGACGGCAACCAAGAACAAGAAAGUGCACCCCACGUGCAAAGUGGUGAUGACAUCUUGAGACAGUUGGAGGGGAUGGUAUUUGGGGAUGAGAGCGCGGGCAAGAAAAAGGAGAAGAAGCGGAAAAAGAGACAAGUGACAGAAGAUGCAACUGAGAAUGUCGUUUGGAAAAAGAAAAGAAAAACAAAAGAUGAUUACGCAGCCCGCAAAGACUUGCAAGAAAUGAAUUUGAGGCCUAAAUUACAUCCGUACAUGGGUGAAGAUGGUAAAACCUAUUUCCCUCCAGCUUGUCACACAAUGUCCAACGAAGAUAAAAUAAAUUUUUUGAAGGUGAUAAAAAAUGUAAGGGUACCUGACGGAUAUGCAUCAAACGUUUCUCGAUGUGUACGCCUUAAGGAACGUACGAUAUCAGGCUUGAAGAGCCAUGACAGCCACGUAAUAAUGCAAGUGCUUCUCCCUAUUGCAUUGCGCCGCUCACUGCCAGAUAAUGUGGUUAGACCUCUUGUUGAGCUAUCCGCAUUUUUCAGAGACCUCUGCUCAACAAACUUAACCCAAGAGGACAUGGAUCGGUUAGAGAGUAAUGUCUGUGCCACUUUAUGCAAGAUGGAACAAGUAUUUCCCCCCGGUUUUUUUACUAUCAUGGUUCAUUUGGUUGUGCACCUUGUUCGUGAAUGCCGACUCGGGGGCCUCGUACAGUAUAGGUGGAUGUAUCCGGCAGAAAGGAGCCUUGGGGGGUUUAAGUCUAGUGUGCGCAAUAAGGCGGCUCCGGAAGGCUGCAUUGCAGAGGGUUACAUAGCAACCGAGUUGGUAACGUUCUGCUCGAGGAUGCACAUGGAUACGCUUAGGCGAUCAUGCGGUAGGGGGCGAACUACAGACGAUCAAUUGGAAGCCCAACAUCAUCAACAGUUCUGCGAUUGGUACCGUGACUAUGUCAAUCAGUUGGACUCUCAACGUAUGGAGGAGCUGGGCGACAAGCUGGUUAUGCAUUGUAGGGGCCCGAAGGAGAUAGCAAGUAGGUUCAACAGAUACGUGGUUAACGGAAAAAUGUUUCGCAUUGUUGCACAUGAUGUAGGGAAGAGAACACAGAACAGCGGCGUGUGUGUGCCUACCGUUGAUGGCUUGACGUACUACGGGAAGUUAACGGAUAUAAUUGAGGUCGAGUAUUACGACAGAACUAAGUACGUCAUGUUCAAGUGUGAUUGGGCGGACACCACGAAAGAUAGGGGAUAUAAGGUGGAUGAGUAUGGCAUGGAACUUGUCAGCUUCAAUCGCCUUGUCCACAGGGGAGACCUGGUGACUGAUGACCCAUAUGUACUAACUUCACAAGUUGACCAAGUAUUUUACGUCGAAGAUGAAAGGAACCCAGGUUGGGCUUGUGUUGUGCGGACUAAACCCAGAAACGUCUACGACGUUGGUCAGGGUCAAGGGUCUCAUGAUUCACUAGACACCUACUACGAGUGCGAGCCGUUGCUAUUAACCAGAAAUAGCAAUCAAGAUCCAAGUGAUGAAUUUGACCACGUCCGACCAGACUUAGAGCCAAUCUUAGCGUAUGUUAUUCAAUAA